AAAGCGCCAAACGUUAAAUCGCGCCAAAAAACUGUAAACGGCGCGACAAGCUGAUCGAAGAAGAGGAAACUAGUCGAAGUGCUACAAAAUAGAUCGGAACCUAAAUAAAUUAUUGCUGACGUCGGCGAAUGUUUGAUAAACGAGAUGGUUAACAAAGAGAACGCCCUCAGUGUGGGCCAGCAGGUGAAGUGGAUCGGAGCUCAUGACGCAGUGCAGCCGGUAAAGAAUCUCGAGCACAAGAACGUGUUCUUCUACCAGAAGUGUAUCUACGGUCCGCUGACUCUGACGGUCGGCGAAUUCAUAUUGGUGUCCAAUGCAGAUGCAGCCGAGCCGGACACCGUAAGAGGCUGUGACGUGGCUAGGAUCUUGUACAUGUAUGAGCUGCGCGAGCUUACCGACCGCGAGCCUUACCGCGCCAUUGUCCAGUGGUAUUCCUGGCCAAGGGCUAUUCCCCACAAUAAAUUCGACGACGACAACGUGGCCAUCGACUUCAGCCUGGAAGUGGUCGAGGAGCAUCGCCCAUACGACAACGACGUAGCCCUUGGCGCCAUCUACCGUAAGUGUAUCGUCCUGGAAGGCACUUCGAAAAUCUCGGCGCAGGAGAUUCUUAACCGCCACUUGGGCAAAGUUAAGACCACAGCCUGCCCCAUGUUUGUCAGCCGAUACAGGUUUGUCAAGGUGAAGCGAAGUUAUCGCUUGAUUCCCUUGGAAAUUCACCUAGAGGAGCCGGAGGACAAACCCCGUUUAACACGGAAAUCGCUAAGCCACAAAGAAUACAAACGGUCAGCUUCUGCCCGCAAGAAUGCCGCAUCUGAAGAGGCAGGAGCAGGGGUGGAAAAGCGACGGCGUUCCUCUACGGCGGCGGCCAGUUCUGUGGAAUUCGUCGAUGUCAGCUACUUCAACUGCGAAAACAAGGUAUCGCCCAUUAAGAUCGUGGGUGGGCGCAGUGUAGUGCGUCUGUCGGAAAAGAAGAAGGCGGCAUCGGAGAUUAAUGCCAACUAUCUGCCGGCUUCGCCGCUUACCGAAAAGAAUGCCAAAGUUGAGACGCCGAAAUCCCGAGCUUCGGCAGCAAGGCGCAACCUCAAUCUCAGUUUGGAUCGGGGAGCAGACACCACCGCCGACUCAGACUGCCUCAAUUACUCGAUUGUUCAGCAAACCCCGGAUCCCAAGACACCCUCCAACGAGAUGAAGAUCAAGCUGCGCAUCUCAGAGAGAAGACGUUCGGUUCGGCUUGCAUCCACGGACGAGGAUCCCUUGUCGCUUGAAGAGCUCAAAGAAGCUCCCAAUACCCAGGCACGCAAGCGAUUGGGCGUAUCAAAUGGCGAUAUCUACCACACGCCCACAAAAAAGUCCAAGGAGCUGCUGGAACCAGCGACGGGCAAUGAACAGACGCCAUCAACGAGGCGCAAGAGUAUUCUUAAAUCAGCCACCAGCCGAUUGGCCGACGGCACUCCCAGACGAAGUAUUCAUUUGUCCAAUAUUGUGGAACAGCGCGUGUUCAAGGACGAUGACAUUAUAUCCACUCCGAAAAGAGGCCGGCCUAAAAAAACAGUCCAGGAUGACGACGAGGACUACUCACCGAAAAAAACUGUUCAAAAGACGCCCACGCGAUCGCGCCGCUCCAGCACCACAACAAAAAUAGCGAUGACUCCCAGCAAAGGAAUAGCCACAGCCGCAACAGCAGCCCCAAUGACGCCCUCGCAGAAGAUGAAGAAGAUUCGGGCCGGCGAGCUUAGUCCUACCAUGCAGCAGCGCACAGAUCGGCCUGCAAAGGAGACUAGCAAAUCACAGCUGGAGCUGGCGAGGGAACAGCUUCACGUGUCCGUCGUGCCCAAAAGUCUGCCCUGCCGCGAGCGGGAGUUCGACAACAUAUACGCGUUCCUGGAGGGCAAGAUCCAGGAUCAGUGCGGUGGGUGCAUGUAUGUGUCGGGAGUUCCGGGCACUGGCAAAACAGCCACCACCACCGGUGUAAUACGCACCUUGCAGCGUCUAGCAAAUCAGAAUGAGCUGCCCGCUUUCGAGUUUCUGGAGAUAAAUGGCAUGCGACUAACGGAGCCGCGUCAGGCCUACGUUCAGAUUUACAAACAGCUCACGGGCAAAACUGUAUCAUGGGAGCAGGCACACUCACUGCUGGAAAAGCGCUUUACAACUUCAGCACCACGAAGAGUAACCACUGUGCUGCUGGUCGACGAGCUUGAUAUCUUGUGUAACCGGCGCCAGGACGUGGUCUAUAACCUGCUUGACUGGCCCACCAAGUCGGCGGCCAAACUGGUGGUGGUUACCAUAGCCAACACUAUGGAUUUGCCUGAGCGGCUGCUGAUGGGCAAGGUUACUUCUCGGCUUGGACUCACCCGGCUUACCUUCCAACCGUACAGCCACAAGCAGUUACAGGAGAUCGUCACCGCACGUUUAGGUGGAUCGGAGGCGUUCAAGGGCGAGGCCGUGCAGCUGGUGGCACGCAAGGUGGCGGCCGUCUCUGGAGAUGCUCGUCGGGCGCUAGAUAUUUGUAGGCGGGCCACUGAAAUCGCCGAUACAGCCCAGGUCAAGUGCGUGACCAUGCUGCAUGUGCAGCAGGCGCUGGCGGAGAUGAUAGCUAGUGCGAAGGUGCAGGCCAUCAAAAAUUGCUCGCGGCUGGAGCAGAUUUUUCUGCAGGCUGUGGCAGCGGAGGUUACACGAACUGGCGUCGAGGAAACGACCUUCAUGGGAGUCUACAUGCAGGCCGAGACGAUCGCUGCGUUCACUGGUGUGGCCUUACCGCCGCCAGGACGUGCCCUUCGCUUGUGCGCCAAACUGGGCGCCGAACGUCUAAUAAUCAGCGAGCACUCGCGCAAUGAUCUCUUCCAGAAAAUCUUGCUUAACGUCAGCGCUGAUGAUAUUCACUACGCCCUCCGCGUGGGAGAAGUGGCCAGUUAAGAGAAUACUUAAAGAGCAAAGAUUGGAAGGUAACCUGGGAAGUUCUUAGUCAAUUCAUUUGCAAUUUUACAUUCUGACUUCCACUUAUAACACUAAAAUGAAAACUGCAAAAGUGGCGAAUUUCGCCCUUCUAUUCGUCAUCAAUCAUCUUUGUAAUAGCUUAUGCAUUUUUAAAUUAAUUCUUAGUUUUAAGCAUCAUGUUUAAACAAUCUAAAGUACAAACUCGUUACUAUAAAAACCAAAUAAAACACCAGCACAGUGUAA